UACUGGUUUGAUUGGAAGAGUAAUAUAAUAAUAACUAAAAUUGAAGUAAUAAGAGAAGCAGUGAACAUAAAAAUGGUUUGUGGUAAAAGAUUGGUCUUACCAAAUUUAAAAGCAUCUUUGGCACUUGAUGAAGACCAGAAUUAG